UUAAUCAGAUAGUUGAUGUUUGUUCCUCGAAGAGGAUCGUGCAGACUGGAAAGAAGAAGAAAAUUAACAACAGUGUAAAAGCAUCCGAAAAAGAACGAAAAUCUGUACGAAAAGCGUGCGAAAAGUGUACCGACUGACAGAGUAUUUGGUGGCACCAAAACCAAAUAUACAAUCAGAUCUAACAUGAUCAGGCGAUGGAGUGUUGUGAUAUUUCUUGGAGUGCUGCUCCAUAGGUCACAGGUAUCAACGAAAGCAGUUAAGUUUGACGAUCAAACGGCUGAAGCUUCACAAGCGUCUAACAAGCAAGUUGCACAGGAACGCUUAGACCUCUUAGGACAUUUAUUCCAUCAUGAUGACCACCAUGAACAUCAUCAUGUACAAAUCCAACAUACGCAUGAUCCUGGUUUCUGGAAGAAAAAGGUCGUUUGGAAGGCUGGCUGGAAAAAAAUUUGGAAAACGGCAAAAAGUUAUAAAAAAAUUUGGAUCCCCCAUUGGGUGCACACCGAACACGCUGUUGUACGAGACAUAAAGGUUCCGGCAUGGAAACAGAUUUGGAAACCAGUGUGGCGCGAAACUCAAGUACCUGCCUACAAAGAUUAUGAGGUAGCUGAUUGGAAAAAAUACUACAAACCAGUCUGGAUUCCAACCAAAGUGCCUGGCUGGAAAGACAUUCAAGUACCAGAUUGGAAGAAAACAUGGAAGCCAUAUUGGCGUGAAAUUCAGGUGCCGGCAUGGAAGGACAUUGAAGUACCAGCUUGGAAGCAAAUUUGGGUUCCAGAAUUAGUCAAAGUUGGCAUUCCAGGCGAGAAAUUCUUAGGCAAAGAUCAUGAAGGCUGGGAAUAUACUAGUCAUGACCUGUGGAAAAAGAAAGUCGUAUGGAAGUCACAUUGGAAAAAGAUUUGGAAACCAGCCAAAAAACAAAUUUGGGUACCAAGCAAGAAAUUAGAAUGGCGCGAAGAAUGGAAGAAAAUUUGGCGCAACGAGAAGAAGCAAAUCUGGUUGGACGACAAGAAAUUGGCAUGGAAAGAAGCAUGGCAUCAGGUGUGGCGCACAGAGAAAAAACUCAUCUGGGUCCCUAGCAAAAAAUUGGAAUGGGUUAGUGCAUGGCAGCAAAUCUGGAAAAUUGCUCACAAAGUUGAACAUGUCCCAGAUAAAAAACUAGAAUGGAAAGAAGGAUGGAAACCAAUCGAAACCACACAUCCUGCAUGGCAGAAAAUCUGGAAGCCAGUCGUAAUCAGCGAGUGGUUCCCAUCACCCGAUCAUCAUGAUCACCAUGAUCACCACGAUCACCACCACGACCAUCACGAGCAUUGGGACCGCAAAGACACAGAAAACACCGACUCAAAGGUAGUGUGGAAACGUGAACAACCAUCGGCUCAACCACAAGCUGUUUCCAAAGUUCAAUCGCCGUUAGAAGCAAAGUUUAUCACACCUAUAGGGAGCACACAGCCAAAGGUUUCUGUGAAAGCAAAUUAAAACGCCAUCACUAAUAAAAACAAAUGAAAAAAUAAAUAGAACGGCAACGGCACCAAGAUAGGUCCCAAUUUUGCGCAUGAAAGAAAAAUGAACAACAAAAAAACAUAAAAAGACAUACUAGGCUAAAGAAUUUUCAUAAAUAAUAUUUAAAAUUAUUAAGUUAAAUAUAGGAUUGCCUAGGAUUUAUAAACAACAAAAAGAAAGACGUAAGGAGAAAAGAAUACAAAUACACUUCCAUUGUGUAUGCUGUAAAUAGUUACCUAAUCGUUCUGUUUUUUUUUUCUUUUUAAUUGUGCAUUACAAAAUACAUACAAAUAGGCUGAUUCAUAUUAACAAAACGAAACAAACAAACAAGAAAAAGAGUCAAAUAUUUUUAUAAUAUUGUUGUUAUUGAUCAUGACGAUCGCAAACUGUUUUCUGUUAUCGAUUUUUAAUUGUAUAAUGAAUCAAUUUCAUUUCGUUAUUCAUUUUAUUCCCAUUUUCACCGCACACGAAAAUGCCAUUGAUUCUACGAAAACGAAAAACAAAUGCAUGUCCGUUCAAAUUCAGUUUGCCGAAAUUUGUUGUAGCAUUUAAGCCUGUUGACAAAAACAAAAAUUUAUAUAUUGUUACAUUGUUAUGACUUUUGUACGAUUAUAAAGCAAAUUAAUGACAAAAAAAAGCGAAAAUACAGAUGAAAAUUACCUAUUAA